AUGUACGCCUCUAGUAUACGAUCGCUCGCAAUCCAGAGCUUGAGAUCAUCCUCACCAUUCGCAUCUUCAUCUUCAUCUCGCAUUAUAAUAUCAAGGGCAUAUUCUUCUCCUCCUUCAUUAGAUAAAGGGGAAGCAGCGAUAUACGAGAAGUUGAAAACUGCUUUCCCAGGUAAACGAUUAGAAGUACAAGAUGUAUCAGGAGGGUGCGGUUCGUUCUACGCUAUAGAGAUAUCAUCACCUGCCUUCAAAGGUUUGUCGACUAUAAAACAACAUAAGCUAGUCAACAAAUGUCUGAAAGAGGAUAUAGAAGGUAUACAUGGAUUACAACUGAAAACUAUUCCUGAGGAAUAA